CAAAAGGAAAACAAAUGAAUGUGGGACCCAACAACAAAAGAACAAGCCAAUAUAGAAAUUGAUGCAUCAUCCAGCACAAUAUACGUUUGUGGAGAGUGACACAAGACACAAAGGCAUUGAAUUUCUGCUGUCAAAUCUCGCCAUUGUUUUUCUGUUAUAGGAAUUCAUGUCAACCAUGCAAUUAUGAAGAGGUAGACUUAUUUAUGCACAUAUCUGCUGGAGCGGCCUCAGAAUAUUCGGAAAGAAUUAUGGUUCCAACAUUAGAGUCCACGAGAGGUGGUGGAGGUUCAAUUAAAGUGGGAACAACUGGUACAAUCGGUGCCCUCAUGUCAAGAGAAUUGGAUUCAAAAACAUCUGCUUCUCCGACACCUGUAUCACGUAGGUACAGGUCUCCUACUGUUUGUUCAUUCGCUACUGGUGAUGCGACCAGUCCUAAAAGAAUGAAGCCAAGAAGAUCAAUGGAUGAAGCUAGCAGCAGCGGGGCAUCUGAAGAUAACAAAAAUAGCCCCGAGAUAGUCAGGAAGGCAAAGCAGUACUAUAACUGUAAAACUCCUCAAAUUCCGAUGCUAGAAUCAGAAAACAUUUCAGUAGAUGGAACUCCUAUUAGGCAGAAAAAGGGACCAACAUUGGUGGAAAUUGUGGACGUAAAAUGUGGUAGUGCGGAGAAAACAUGGGCAGCCCCUAUGAAGAAUCGCCUGAAGAAACUUAGCUUUUCAAAGCUUUCUGCGAGCCCUGUCUAGACAUGUGGACCUUCGAGUACAGUCAAACCCCUCUAUACCAAUAUCUUUUGUUCAAGUAUUUUUUGACUGCUAUAGCGAAAUGUUGUUACAGAGAACAUAUAUGAAAGAUGGGUUAUUAAAAAAGAAAAAAAAAAGAAAAAAAAAGAUAGUUGUUAUAGUGAAAUGUUGUUAUAGAGAAGUCUGACUGUAUCAGCCUUGUAAGUGGAUCCAGGAAUUGCUCUUGGGCGACCACGUUCUACAACUUCUAUCCACAAAACGCAUGCUGAUUAUGAGCUUAUUCUGCUCCCUUUCUUCUUUUGUUUCAUGGCCAAAGAUCCAAGUUUUUGUCUGGAGUAACCGCUAGGUGAAGGCACAUCAGCAAAGUUGCCAAAGUUUGCUACACAUUAUCUUGAUGGCCUAUUUUCCAGCUUACUGAAGUUCUCAAUUUCUUGCAAGACGAGGCAUCCUAUUGUGCCAAUGCUGCCUAUUUCAACUGUAGAAUUCCUUUUGCAGCCAUCUUUUCAGCAACAGUAAUGCCUAAGCCGUUAAGUUCUUAGAUUGCCCCUUGAGUUUGAAGUGAGGUGGCCUGGAGUUGGUAUCCUUCUGAUGUGAGAAGCUGAGAAUUGGUCAUUUUGGUUAGGCCUAAAUUCCAAGUGUUUUUACAUGACUUCUGUGUCACAUAGAUUCUGUUUUCUAACAAAGUGUAAACUAGGGUGAUUGAAGAUUGGCUCUAUUCAUGUGGUUGUAGUAAAAAAAAAAUAAAAAAAAUCAAUAAAGGUGCUUAACUCCAUUACCAGCUUCAAA